AUGUACAUCCUAGGAAACUUCCUCUACAGCAAGUCCCACCUCCGCGCCGCGCCGCGCCUCGCCGUCCUGCUCAUCAACGCCAUCGCCGUCCUCUCCGAAGACAGAUUCCUCGCGCGCAUCAACCUCUCCCCCUCGUCCUACGACCCGGCCUUCGGCCAGAGCGCCGAUGCCAGCGUCAAGGCCAAGAUUAUUAACCUAAUCGCCAGCGUGCGGACUCUCAUGAGAAUACCGUUAAUAGGCAUCAACACCUUGAUCAUCUUGUACGAACUCAUCCUCGGAUAA